CCGAGGCCAGCGCAAGAGUGCCCCGAACGGUCGUCGAGUAAGCGGCGUGGGACCCGCGGCGGUCCCGUGAGCGGAGCUUCGCCCUGGUGGCAGCCGCCAUGAAGGGGGACGAGGACUCCGAGUCCGUGUCCCUCGUCGGCCGAGACGCCCCCGGCUCGUACACCGAGGACCCUAGGCCCACAGCCUCGCUCAGGGAGACAGACUACGUGGACACAGAUGUGCCGCUCCAGUCCCAGUUCCACGAGGACGCCGUCGCGCAGGCGGGGGAAGGUCUCUUCCAGUGGCUGGUGUUCCUCGUGUGCGGCCUCGGGCUGGCCGCGGACUCGAUCGAAGUGAUGGUCAUCGCCUACGUGCUGCCGUCCGCCGAGAGGGAGCUCUGCAUGGACGACAGUCGUAAAGGCUGGCUCGGCGGCGUGUCGUUCGUGGGCAUGAUGAUCGGCGGCCUGGUGUGGGGCAACCUGGCCGACAAGAUGGGGCGGCGGCGGACGCUGCUUUCGGCGCUGCUCACCAACGCCCUGUUCUCCGUCAUCACCACCUUCAUGCCCACCUACGGCCUCUUCGCCGUCACCCGGCUCUGUUCGGGCAUCGGUGUGGGCGGCUCGAUCCCGAUCGUGUUCACCUACUACUCGGAGUUCUUGCUGAAAAAGCACCGCGGCCGCAACCUCUGCUGGCUCCUGCUCUUCUGGGCCAUCGGCGGCGUCUUCGUCUCUGUCACGGCGUGGGGGCUUAUUCCCAGGACAGGCACGACCCUGCUGGGCCUCGGACGACUCCAUUUCAGCAGCUGGAGGGUGUUCCUGCUCGUGUGCUCGCUCCCUUCGAUCGUGUCCGUGGUGGGACUCGCCUUCCUGCCAGAGAGCCCCAGGUUCCUGUUAGAGAUGGGCCGAGAUGUAGAGGCUAUGUACGUCUAUCAGCAAAUAUUCAAAAUGAACCACUCGAACAAGUCAGGAGUGGACUACCAGCUGUCUGAGUUGGAGUUACCAGGAAGGAGGGCCUUUCAUGGAAUUCCACCAGCGGUCAACCGGACCUUGUUGUCAGAUUUUUGCUUCUCGCUGGAGAGCUUCUGGAGUUCAUUUUUCCAAAUGAUGUGCCCACCUUUUGCAAAGGUUACAAUGAUUAUGUUGGUAAUUUGGCUUACCACCUCAUUCGGAUUCUAUGGAAUGAGCAUCUGGUUUCCAGAGUAUCUGAGAAAGCUGCAGUCUGAAUCAUACAGCUCAGAAACGGCAGUUGAAGCAAAUCACUACAUUCGGAACUACAUCUUCAAUUAUUCAAUUGAAAACACGAAUUUUGAGAGCUGCGUCUUCCACAAUGUGAGGUUUACUGGAAUUGUCCUCAACCACGUAUUAUUCACCAAUUGCUCCUUUAUCAACAGCUCAUUUAGCGACGUUCACUCGAGUCGAAGCUUCUUUCGCCAGUGCGACUUCAUGCGCGUCCGCUUCGUGGACACUGACUUCUACGACUACCGGUUCGACGACUGUGCCUUCCACAACAGCACCACAUUCCUGAACCGGGACACAGGAUGCGCCAUUGACUUCGAUGUCAACUUCCGUCUCUCGGACGUGUUUGUGGAGAAUCUCUUUGCUCAGCUGGCCAUCAUCCCGGGAAACAUAAUCUCGUCCUGCGUCAUCGACAGGUUCGGAAGAGUCAAGACGCUGGGGGUCUCUCUUUUCCUGUCGAGUGCAAGUGUGCUGCUGGUGUGGGCAUCAGUCACCAGGUCGUCAGUGAUAACAUUCCAAGCCAUCUUCAACUUCGUCUCCAUUUCGGCCUGGAAUGCUGUAGACGUCAUCACCACCGAGUCGUACCCUGCGACGCUAAGAAGCACGGCUUACGGAUUCCUCAGUGCCGCCAGCCGCCUGGCCGCACUUUUGGGGAGCCUUACCUUUGGCCACUUCAUCAGCCUGAACAAGUCCGUGCCCAUCAUCACCACUUCCGCCGUCCUGCUGCUAGGCUGCCUGGUCUCUUGGCGUAUGCCCGAGACCAAAGACGUGCUAAUGUAAAGUCACCUCCCCUCUCCCCCUCUACAAGACCGACUACCAUGUUGUUGUUGUUGUUCAGAAUGGUGAGGAUGAGGAAAAAGUCAAAGUAAGCUCAGAUUUCAUUUACAAGUACCUCUUCCCCUCAACGUUUUUCCCGACCGAUAAAACUAAAUAAAGAAAUGAAAGCUG